CACACCUCGGCAUCGUCCUCACAUCACUCGUCGCCUCUGAAAACGCGCUGAGCGCGAUCAUCUCAUUGGCCCUACUUGCACGCAUCGGGCACCUGUUUACGACUUUGACCACCUGGACGACUGGCACGCGACACACACCAUGUUGAGAUCCUCGUCCAUCUUCUUCGUCCUCUCGCUCGCCGUGGCCCUCCUGUGGCGGGCACCACUGGCCCAGGCCAUCAAGUUUGAGCUCGGCCCCACCGAGCCUGGAGAGCCCGUUUGGAACUUUGCGCCUGGAAAUACCCUCGUCAUUGUCACGGCCAAUGUGCCCGACAUUCCGGGCACGCGCGUCGACGUCGACAUUGUCGACGGCUCGCAGAACAGCAAUGUCUACCUGUCCAAGAAGAACAUUGCGGGCGAGACUCGUAUGGCGAUUACAACGCACGAGUCUGCAGACGUCGGCGUCUGCCUGACCCAUGUUGAUCUCGACCACUCGGACGGCCUGCAGUCACGCACUGUUGACCUCGACGUCGACAUUGGCGCCGAGGCAGUCGACUACAACGCGAUCGCCAACCAGGAGUCUCUGGGUCUCCUCGAGGUCGAGAUGCGCAAGCUCGAGGACGUGGUGAAGGAGAUUGUCGACGAGAUGGGCUACCUCCAGCGCCGUGAGAUGCGCAUGCGCGACACGAACGAGAGCACAAAUGAGCGUGUCAAGUGGUUCUCUAUUGGCAUUACUGUUGGCAUUGUUGCCCUCGGCGCGUGGCAGAUCUUCCACCUGCGGUCGUUCUUCAAGCGCAAGUACCUCAUUGACUAGGCGUGGAGGAGUGAACGGCGAGCGGGCAGGCGAGCGAGCAAACAGUGCUUGUCGCUUGUCCAUGUAAUGAGCA